UCUUUGCCGCCAAGUGCAGCGGCUGCAUGGAGAAGAUCGCCCCGACAGAGUUUGUGAUGCGAGCCCUGGAGUGUGUGUAUCACCUGAGCUGCUUCUGCUGCUGUGUGUGCGAGCGCCAGCUGAGGAAAGGGGAUGAGUUUGUCCUCAAGGAAGGGCAGCUGCUCUGCAAAAGUGACUAUGAGAAAGAGAAGGACUUGUUGAGCUCGGUCAGCCCAGACGACUCAGACUCAGUUAAAAGUGAUGAUGAAGAUGGAGAUGUUAAGCCCACCAAAGGCCAAGUAACCCAAGGAAAAGGAAGUGAUGAUGGGAAGGACCCAAGAAGACCUAAACGACCAAGGACAAUACUUACUACACAGCAGAGAAGAGCAUUCAAAGCAUCCUUUGAAGUGUCUUCCAAGCCCUGUAGAAAGGUCAGAGAAACACUAGCAGCUGAAACAGGGCUCAGCGUGCGAGUCGUCCAGGUCUGGUUUCAAAACCAAAGAGCAAAGAUGAAAAAGCUGGCGCGAAGGCAUCAGCAGCAGCAGGAGCAACAGAACUCGCAGCGACUAGGACAAGAAGUAAUGUCCAACCGAAUGGAAGGGAUGAUGACAUCUUACACACCACUUGCACCACCACAGCAGCAGAUUGUAGCAAUGGAGCAAAGCAGUUAUGGCACAGACCCGUUUCAGCAGGGUCUUACCCCUCCACAAAUGCCAGGCGACCACAUGAACCCCUAUGGAAAUGACUCCAUUUUUCAUGAUAUCGACAGUGAUACCUCUUUAACUAGCUUGAGCGACUGUUUUCUUGCCUCUUCUGAAGUUAACUCCAUGCAGGCUAGAGUAGGAAACCCCAUUGACAGGCUGUACUCUAUGCAGAGCUCCUAUUUCGCCUCAUGAAAAUAAGAAAACAAACAGCCGGCGUGUGUUUAGCCAGUGACUUUUCCAGUGCAGACUCUACAGCCAUAUGUUGCCCAGCUCUUCCUUCACAGUGACUCUGCUGCCUCUGGACUGCAAAGAGCAUUUUUUUAGGAAGACUGUCUCUGUUUGCAUAUAUGUGUAUGUAUGUAUAUAUACUUUAAUACCUACCUACCUACAUACAUAUAUAGAGAAACAAAACACAUCCACCCGUCCCAUACCCUUGAUUCCCAGCCUGCACCAGACCACGAGACAAGCACGGAAGGAACAGAAGAACCUGCUCGUCCUCAGCCUUUGAUUUGGUUUGGUUUGAGCUCGUCAUCUUAAAGGAAAUGGAUUUUGUGGAAAGCUAGACCUUUUCCUCCUUUCUCUCUUCCUUUCUUUUGGAUGUUUAAACUUUUUUUUUUUUUUUAAAGCCGCUGAUACUGACAUCAGUUGACCAUAUGACAAAUAAAUCAAAGAAACUGGAGAUUCCUCCCUUUUCUUACUGCAUGAUUCAUACUAUGUUGUGGAUAAAUUGCCAUUUGAACUGUGAGAAGUUAAUGUAAAUGUGAUGUUCAACAUUUGUUUCCUUUCUACACUUUUUCUACAUAACCUAGAUCUGCUCAUUAGUUUAUAGCCCUUAUGCAUAUGAUACUGAGGAAACUGGUUAACAGUAUUUGUGGAGAAAGCCAGUGAUUUCAGAAUAAGAAAGGUCUAUGACUCUGGAAAGGACAUGCAUGUUAGGGACAGAGACAUUUAGGUUAGCAUUGAUCU